AUAGCGGUUUUGUGGUCGUGAAGGGGCUGACGUGUUCUAUGCCCCUUCCAUAGGAACAAUCUCAAUAUACUAAGGGCGUGCCACCGGCCUGGCGAGAAAAAGUGAAAGUUGAUGGAUCGGAGUAUUUUUCUUCUUCAUUGCUCGAAAGAGCAUCAUCUAAGCCCUUAAAAUUGUUCUUUGUCGAGUGUACCAUUUGGGAAUGAAAUCUAGCGAUGCUCGAUCUUUAGGAAUAAAGUCACCAAAUUAGAUUGAAGACGAUGUGAUGGAAAACAACAUUACGAGAGAGAAGAGAGCAAGAAAAGUAGGCCUACAAACGAUCUUGAAUUUUUUGCAUUAAAUGCAAAGGAUCUUUUCACGCUCCGUGGAGGAAUAAGGCGUCGCCUUUAAUGUUUAACGCCAAGCAAAGGAAAAUAUUACAAAAUGUGUUUGCAGCCUUUGGACUAAUUUUUUUAAGUCGUAUUAAUUAUCGUGAGCAUGGGAAAUGGCUAGCGCAGUUGUAGCGCUGGCAAGCCAUCAUCUUGACCCGACAAUGUCGCCUGCACCCAUCAAUCCGAUCCGACAGGAGGAGACUGCACUGCAACCGAAAGGCAAUGUCGAUUGUGAGAUUGCACUCGUUGGUGAUGACGGGGAGAGAAAGCAGGAGAGAGGAGGAGGUGGUCGAGAUAGUGGUCAGCCUGAGAGAAGGAGAAGGAAAUCGAGGUCGGAUGGGACGGUGGUGAAGAAGAAAGUCGGAGGUUACAUCUUGGGUGAUGUCAUCGGUGAAGGGUCCUUUGCUAAAGUUCGUCUUGGUACCCAUAUCUUAACCCAAGAACAGGUUGCUGUAAAGGUUAUUGACAAGAAGUUGAUCGCUAACCGAGAGUAUGUUCGUAAGAAUCUACGCAGAGAGGCCGCCGUUCUUCAGAAAAUGCGUCACAAUAAUAUUACCCAGCUAUACGAGGUUCUUGAAACGGCCAGUAAUUACUACAUUGUGAUGGAGCUAGCUGAAGGUGGGACUUUCAUGACAUUCCUUUGCAAGAGAAAGAAGUUAAGUGAGAGGGAGACGAGAAGAUACAUCAGACAACUCGUCACCGCCGUCGAUCACAUGCACCAUCUCGACGUCAUCCACAGGGACAUUAAGAUUGAGAAUUUUCUUCUGGAUAACGACCAGAAUCUGAAGGUUAUAGUUCACAUUGUCAAAACGCAUCAGCUAGCGCUGCACGCUCGCAUUUUGAUCGAUCGGAAUAUUAAAUAUUUAUAUAUUUAUGUAUUGGCGAAGGCUGGAUCCGCCCCUGUACAGUAUUUUGGCCUCAGUAAUAUUCUUGGAUACGAUGGACUGCUGCGGACGCAGUGCGGUUCCCCUGCCUAUGCCGCCCCGGAGAUCUUCUGCAACUCAAGCUAUGGUCCAGCUGUCGACAUCUGGAGCAUAGGGGUGAACAUGUACGCCAUGUUAACAGGAGAGUUACCUUUCGUGGUAGACCCGCCUAACAACAUGAGCAAACUACACUCGCGGAUCAUGCAGGGCGCCACCAUACCAGACACGCUCACAAAAGACUGCAGAGAUCUCCUACAGAGACUUCUAGAACCUAAGGAACUGGAUCGCAUCAAACUCCCGGAUAUUAUGCGGCAUCCAUGGAUGAAUAGGGGAUACUCACGGCGUCUCUACCCUUCCCGCUUCGAAGACUCCGCCCCCAAACCUGAGGUAGAUCAACGUAUCAUCAAAGCGCUUGUCCAAUGCGGCCAUCAUGAGGAUAUCCUCACAGAAUGUGUUCGCGAUAAUCGACCCACCCCCGAGAACGCUGCUUACUGCCUAUUGGCUAAGCGGAUCGCGAUGGGGUGGGGCUAUCCGGAGAGCAGUAAUGGCAAUACGAGUGCCCUCGAAAGCGACCGUAGUGAGAUGGUGAGCGUGCUGACGGGGGUAGGCGUGGACGAUGCGAUGGAGGCGGAGUCUGACGAAAAGCCGUCUCAAGUUGUUGCGCUUCGUCGUCCAAUCAGCGGCCGCGGAACAAGAAGCAUGGCGGCAAAGGAACAGAACAACGAACUGGAAAGCAAACUCAAGAGCGAGCGAUUGAAAAUAGAGAGCAUAAACUCUGCGAUAGAAAAGACCCAGAAGAACCAUAUUUCUCCAACGAAAAGAGAAAUUCAGGAUGAUUUGCGAAAAGCGUGGAGUAAGUUACAAACAAAACCAAACAAAAACGAGGAGAGCCCAAAUGAUUAUGAUAAAACUGGCAGUGUUCAUAAAAGUACAAAUAUUGAGAAAAGCGACAUGAAUGUAACUGAAAGUAAAAUGGACACCGGCGAAGAGCCCAAAAGUAGAACGAAACACAUUCGCAGAGCGUCAGACAACCAAGCUACCUCUCUUCAAAUUUCUCGGCGACCGAACAACUCGUUUCCCACCAAACCGAUAACGGCGCCCAGGCCAAACUUCGUAUCACCUUUACAAAACAACACCUGUAUGUUUAUUGUCAACGGGAAGAUCACGGCACCGGAUCAAAUGAGAGGGCGCUCUGCGGGGAGAAAUGCGGCCCAUUUGACAGGGAAAAGACAUUCGUUACAUGGAGUUGAGAAAGUGGUUUACACGACAAGGAGCUUGGAACGCGCCAAGACUGUCCCGGCUGUAAACAUUGAGAGGUCAGAAACGAAGAACGGUACAGAGGACCCGACCUCCACAAGUGCUCCGGAUAAAGAAUGUAGCAUGGACACCAAGUUUAGUCAAUUUAACGCACCUUAUCAGGCUCAUAAUGCCUUUCCUGUCCACCGCCUUGGCAACGGAUUCGCCCGCCCACCGCAAAUGCACCGUCAUCCAUCGCGCUAUCUACCGUCUAGCCUAUCAGCAUCCGCUGUCGCAUCAGCAACGCAUCCUCCUCCUUAUCACUACGCCCAACAUCUCCAAUAUCACGUCAACCGACAUUCGGCGCUACGCCGCUCUCGCCCGCAUCACCAACGGUCCCUGACCGCACCCCUAGUCAACAACCGAUCGCAUUCUCCCCUUCCCUUCCCUACUCCUUCUCAAGGGAGCGCGUCAUCAGGAGAAAGGGGGUCCGGGGCACCCGCUAAGGCAGUGGCGUGGCAGGACCCUCCUGCCACAGUGGUGAACGGUACGCCAAGGAACAUUCGGCUUAGACAGCGAGAACUGCCAAAUAUCAAGGGUUUUGUCGGUUAUAUGUAAUUUAAGAAUAUUUCGAAUCUAUUAGGGAGUUUUCAGUCAGCGAUGUACAUAGAAAAUGCAUUGAAAUGCCCGUUAAAUGACCAAGAAUAGCUAUGAGGUCUUUGUCGAAAACUGGAGAACCAGAACAGUAUUUUCGUCCUAAGUUUCAGAGCUGACGAAAAUUGUGUCGUUCGUCCAUGCAGAAUCAAGGACUAAACUAUUGUUUUGAUUUACCAUUUUUUCCGACAAAGACUUCUUCAAUGUUCAUUGUCAUGACGGGUAUUUGAUAAUAUUUCCCCUAUUCUUGAAUCCUCUUUACGUCGUUGAGCGAAAACUCCCUAAUAGGGUGUAACCAAAGUAUAAAACCUACAACUUCAAAAUCAUUCAUUCGAGGAAGAUAGUUGAUAAAGGUGUCAUCACACAGUGUUCCACCGAUAGACGCUUAUGUCUAACCAUGGACCUAUUAUGUAUCUAUUAUAUCAAUUUAGAUAUCAAAGCUUCUAAAUCCAAGAAUAAUUGAGAAGCAGUAAAAGUCGAGAACGCUCAACACAUAUAUUUAUUGGAUGAAUAAUAUCGUCUCAUAACUGCACUUGAUGUCGCUGUAUUAGGAAGUUUUCACAAUCACGGCGGGGACGGUUCUACAACAUAGACAAUCUAUUGAAAAUGCUCAUCAAAUCACAAUGAACAAUUAAGAGGAUUUUGUCGAAAAUUGGUGUACCGGGGCAGCUGAUCGUCGUAAGAUUCCAAGCCGAAGAAAACUUGCAAGGAUGUGGUUUGUCCAGAGUCGUGAAUGAAACUGCUGUUUUGAUUCACCGAUUUUUGACAGACUGCUUUGUUAUAAAGUGCUGUUUGACAAUAGAUGUUCUGUGUUGUAGAAUCUGUCCCCGUUGCGAUUGCGGAAACUGAAUCGUUCAAAGAUCAGUUUCACGUUGACGGUUUUUCUUCUUUUCAUGAGGAAAAGAGGACCAAACGUCUUUGCUGUAACAUUGUGGCAAUGACACGAGGAGAAGUCUUUAUGAGACGCACACGGUCUUAUAAUUUCUUGGGGACGGUUUAUAGGGACCAAAACACAAACAAAAUUUAUCUUAGGCCUACAUAUUUAAUACUAGUAGUAUAAAUUUCAUACCAGUGAUAAUCUUUUUGUACAAUAUUUUGUAACUGAAUGUAUGUUAUACCUCAAUGAACUGUUGAGUAGCUUUUAAUCUUUAUAAAAAAAUGAAUUAUUGCUCUUGAAUUCUAUUUUCCAAAGAGAUCAAGAAUUUCAUUUCAUUUUUCUUUUUACAUUAACGUUUUCCAUGAAUACACAACAGUUCAAGGAAAUGUAUAUAUUUUGAUGUACUAUAAUCGAUGCGAUUAUGAGAAAAUGAUCUCUGUAAAAAAACGGGUAUAUAAAGACAAUCAAUUUGUGACAGUAUUAUAUCAAUUACGCAUGAAAAUCAUCAUUGUACCUGUACUUUUAUUAUUCGAAGUUUUAUUCGUCGAAUAUGUAAUUAGGGCAAUACAACAAAAAUCGCCUCCAAGUAA